GCCGCACCGCCUGGGGCUUAGGAGCCGCUGGGAGAGUGACUCAGCCGCGGCCCGGCUCCUGGAACUGACCAGCGGCUCCGGUGGGAGGCCCCCAUCGCCAUGUCACCGGCAGAGAAACUGGACCCGCUUCCUGACACCUUCAUCCUGCAGCCGCCCGCCUUCCACCCGGUGGUUCCUUACGUCACAACCAUCUUCGGGGGUUUGCGCGCCGGCAAGAUGGUCCUGCUGCAGGGCGUGGUGCCGCUGGCCGCGCGCAGGUUCCAGGUGGACUUCCAGUGCGGCUGCAGCCUGCACCCCGCGCCCGACAUCGCCAUCCACUUCAACCCGCGCUUCCACACGGCCCAGCCGCACGCCAUCUGCAACGCCCGCCAGGCCGGCCGCUGGCAGGCCGAGGCCCGCUGGCCCCGCCUGGCCCUGCGGCGCGGGGACAGCUUCCGCCUCCUCUUCCUCUUCGGGCACGAGGACAUGAAGGUGAGCGUGAACGGCCAGCACUUCCUCCACUUCCGCUACCGGCUCCCGCUGUCCCGUGUGGACACCCUGGGCAUCUCCGGGGACGUCCUGGUGAAGGCCGUUGGGUUCCUGAACGUCAACCCGUUUCCAGAGGGGGGCAGCGAGUACCCAGUUGGACACCCCUUCCUGCUGGGGAGCCCCCGGCUGGAGGUGCCCUGCUCGCGCCCCCUCCCCCGGGGCCUCUGGCCGGGACAGGUCAUCCUGCUGCGGGGGCUGGUCUUGCCGGAGCCCAAGGACCUCACGCUGAGCCUGCUGGACGCGGCCGCGCGGGUGCCCCUGGCGCUCAGGGCCUCCUUCGCGGACAGGACACUGGCCUGGGUGUCGCCCUGGGGGCGGAGGCAGCUGAUCUCCGCCCCCUUCCUCUUCCACCCCCAGCGGUUCUUUGAGGUGCUGCUGCUGUGCCACGAGGGCGGGCUGAAGCUGGCGCUCAAUGGGCAGGGCCUGGGCGCCACCAGCCUGGGCCGGCAGGUCCUGGAGCGGCUGCGGGAGCUGCGUGUCAGUGGCACCGUCCAGCUGUACUGCCUGCACCACUGAGGCCGGACAGGGGGGCCCACCAGCUGCCCGCCCCGGCUCUGCCCGCCCCUCCGAGCGCCUGCCUGCUGCCCCAUGCCAGGCCCAGCUCCUUCCGGGGACUGCAGAGGGCAGGAGGGGGUGUGAGGGCGCCUCCAGCUCUGCCCUCCCUCCCCCAGGAGCCGGGCUUUGCCUCCGUCUGCCUUCAGGCCCGGAGAGGAGGCGGGUUGUGUAGCUGACCGGGCACUCGGAGUCCUGGCCCAGGGCAGGGAGAGGCCCGCCGCCCUCCUGACAGCAGGGAGGGGGCGCCCACGGACCCCAGGGUCGUCCUGACCAGCUCCCACCGCCCCAGGCCGGCCAGCGCUAUCGGUGUGGCUCUGCUGCCCGCACUUCCCACACACCUGGUUCUUGUGAGAAGCCAGGGACACAGGCGGGA